AUAAUCCAAAAGAAAAUAUAAGUCCCCACCCCACCCAAAAUGACAGUUUCAACAGCAUUUUUUUUCCAUUUUCAUCUCAAGCGGUGACGCCUCUGUUAGUUCUCCCCAACCGCCCAACCGUUGUUCAUCGCACUGACUCACACCGUAUAGCCUCCCUCAUUCUACAAGCCGCGGCACCUCCUCCUCACCAUUCGACCUCCCUCUUUCAGAUUCACUAAGGUAUUCUGUUGCGUUGUAUUCAAGAUUUUCAAGUAUUUGUAGAGAGGGUGCAAAUAAUGCUGCAGUGGAUGGGGGGAUCGAGACGGAAAGUCACGAUUUCAAGGAAAUCUACACACAACAGGCAAAGGCAAUACUUUGAACAAAGGAAACAACAAGAAAAGACAACAGGUUAUGAGGGCCAUGCUGAUGAAACUAGCAUAGCUGGACGACAUCAAAAGGAAUGUCGAUCUCUGGAUAUCCUCAGCUUGCUAAACCUCUCAACUUUUUCUGCUGUCGGAAGUCAUUGUAAGUCUGGUCCUUCGACAAUUAAGUAUCAAAUGCCAGAGGAUCCAGCAAAGAUCAUUACAAGUUCAGUACCCCCUUCUUAUUCUGUUAAAAUCAAGGAAGCAGGUGCUCCACCAGCAAGCUAUCAAGGAGAGUUACAAUGCCCAAAGAUUUCAUUUAGCGAUCAUGAUAAUCAUGAUUUAAAUGCUUCCAAUGAUAGUUUGGAUCUCUGGAAUGCAUCUGCUGAGAAUCAAUUAUCUGUUUUCGACAUGCUUAUUAAUGAUGAAUCAGAGGUGGGUUCAGAAAGAAGUCUGGUUCAUGAAGCUCAUGUUGCAUUUUCAGUUAAAGGUUUAGGUAAGAUCAGACCAAAGACUCCAUUGCACUCACCAAAGCAAGAGGGCAGAAUCUCUUCUGAUGAUUGCUCAUUACCGUGGAACUUUUCAAGGCAACUAAACUCAUUGAGGGGUUCUAACUUUGUGCUCAAUGAUAUUGAACUAGAAGUGGACAUGGAUGUUCCACUUGGUGGCAGUCAUUCGCAGUUCUCAGUCGAUAUAACUGAUUCACAUGGCAAUUGGAAGCCAAACCUCUCCACUUUCUCUGACGACAUGCAACUUGACAGCCAUUACAGAAAUAGCAAGUGCUUUUUUAGUGACACUGACAUUUCCUACAAUAUAGGAAGGGAAGAUAUAUGGGAUGAUCCUUCUCCAAAGCAUUUAUCAUCUAAAGUUGGUCAUGAUUUGACAACUUUAAUUUGGGAAAGUGGCAGGUAUAACCCAAUUCAAACGGAUUAUGAUAUAAGAGAUUUCCCAGCCCAACCAGGUUGGCCUUUUAUUGAGACUGAAGAUUCAAAGGAUAGCAUGAGCUUGCUGAGCUUUAGCAGUGAAGAAUCAUGCUCUUCUAGUGCAGUUAGGGGUGAAACGAUAGACAGUUCACCUCCAAAUCUAAUGCCUAGGCAGAGCAGAAGAAUAUGUAGUACAUUUGGUAGGACCAGAAUGAAGUAUGAUUUGGACAAUGAUUUUGGCAAGGAAACACGUUGCGAAGACAGAGAUAAUCUUGGGCAACCAUCUGGCAAAUAUAUGAGGACUCCAGUUCCGCACAAGUCAAAAGCAACCAAGCGUGCAAGCUAUUGUCUCCAAGCGGGAAUAGAACUAUCUCAGAAAUGGUUGCUUGAGGAAGGAUGCAAUGCAGUUGAUAUAGAUUUGGGUUUCAGUUCUUCCCAUUGCACCUCACAGGCAAACCUUCCAUCUGUAGGAUCCCAGCUGUGGGCUGAAGAUCCUAUUGGUGCCUUUCCUGUUCCUGAACUGAAUCUUGAUGUCAAAUCUUGCUUUAAUGCACCUAAGCACAGUGAAUCUAUUCACUGUUUGCCUUUUAGCUGUUUCACAUCUGAGAAGUUUGCUUUUUGCCAACCAUUGAAUCAAACAAACUCUUUUGAUUCUCCUGUAUUCUCAAAUAUCAGGGCUGGAUCAAUCAAGCAUGUCCUAUCUCCAGAUUCAGGAAGACAAGGUGUUCCUUUGGAUUUGUUUGAUGCUGAUCAACAUAGAGAGAUUGGAUUUCUUGAUUUAUCAGUACGAGGACGAGUUAAUGGAGAUGAUAAAAGAAAAUCAAGGUCCCCACCAACCAAUUGCGAACAGUUAGAAUUUGAAAUGGAAAAUUGCUUUGGAAAUGAUUUAUUCCUUUCAAAGGAGCCCAUAGUAAUGGGUGGUUCAAAUCCCAAUAACAAGGAGGAUGAAUUCAAGGAAGCAAAAGAUGAAACUCUAGAAACAAAGGGAAGCCUUGGUGUGAAAACAUCACCAUCUGUUAAGAUCCAUGAGAAAGGAGAGAGCAAAGGAUAUGAGUGUGAUGUAGAAAUUCCACUUCCUUGUCAAAGCGGGACAGAACAGAAGGAACAGAAAUGAAAGGUCCAGGGUUGAGGAGGGAAAAGCUAUAAAUAGAGGAGAGUAAGGUGGGGAUAAUCUAAGCAGGUAGGAAAAAUAGCUAUGUUGUUCAAUUUGUUUAGCUAGAGAAAGUUGCAAGGAAGGGAAAUGGAACAUUUGAUUAUGCCUUGCCUUGGACAUUUUUAUCGUCAUCAAGAAGUUGAAAAAAUAUAAAUAGAGUUGGAGAUUGGGUAACAGGGGAUUCUAGGUUUUCUGGUUUUCUCUAAUCGAUACACUUUUAAGUAGCAGAAAAUGGUGGCGACUCUUUUUUUUUUUUUUUUUUUUGUUAACUGCCUAGAAUUGAACUAAGCUCUUUUGCAAUUGCUAUUGCUAAUCCCAGCAACUACUCCAUCUGUCAAUGUGUAAUGUUUCAUUUCUCUGAUAAUGAUGGGCUGAUCCUGUGGAAGGGCGGUUGCCUUGCCCCACCUGGAGCUAAUCCAACCUUGGAAAGAUUUCACCAAUUUCGAUGUCCAGAGAACCCGGGAAAAGACCCCAAGUCAAUUAAGUUUUGAACCAUUGACAUGAAAUUGGAAACCCCAUUUCCCCCGGUGUUAUUAGCAUAAUAAUUGCAGCUUUGGUCCACCGGUUCUAUUGUGUGUAUUUAUAUUUUAAAUUAUAAUUUCAACAUACUAAAGGGUCUGAGAUAACUAAAAUGGUCAUUGAACUUUGGUGAUAAUUUUUUUGCCAUUGAAAUAUAAGGUUUUGGUCACUUUGUUUAUUAA